ACACUGGACCACCAAAAUUGACAAUGACUUCCUCUUUUCAUAAAGGUUUCAUAAGAGCACCGACUCUCCUCUUUUGUAUGCUGUAUGUCUUUACCCCUACAAGACAACAAGAGACAAGCUCAUUUGCUAAUUCCUCUGACCCUUGCUACAACUACACUGUACUGGACAAUCCAUGGAGAGCCGUAAAUAAUACAAAUGCUUCAGUCGUGUGUGACAGGUCAGUCACCACCGGCUGGUAUCGUCUCUUCAUUAACGCCUUGAGUGCUCGUAUCCCAGACGCAUGUGUUGCACCGAAGAGCUGUGGCACCCAAAUCCCGCUGUGGAUUCGUGGUGGACACCCGACAGUACAGGACGGAGUCGUCACUCGAGAUGUCUGCGGUCACUGGGAUAAUUACUGCUGCUAUAUCGGGUCUUACCCCAUUAAAGUCAAAGCCUGUCCAGGCAAUUAUUAUGUCUAUGAAUUGGUUACUCCAACUACCUGCAAUUCAGCAUACUGUGCAGAUGUUAGCAGCAUUAACAUCAGCUCUACAGCCACCACACCAGUGACCAUCUCAACUGCUUAUCCCUCUGUUGAUCCCUGCAUCAGCUAUGCUGUGCUGGACGAACCAUGGAGAGGCAACAGCAGUCAGAAAUCAAACACAUACAUGUGUGACACCUCAGUCAGCUGGAGCGGCUGGUAUCGUCUCUUUAUCAACAAUGUGAGCGCUCAGAUCCCAGACACGUGUGUCGCUCGGUACAGCUGUGGCUCAGUAAUCCCACUGUGGAUUCCUGGAGGACAUCCAGCUGUUACAGAUGGAGUCGUCACUCGAGAUGUCUGCGGUCACUGGGACAAUUACUGCUGCUAUUACGGGUCUUUUCCCAUUAAAGUCAAAUCCUGUCCAGGCAAUUAUUAUGUCUAUGAGCUGGUUAGUCCAACUAAAUGCUCUGCAUACUGUGCAGCUGUUACUAACAUCACCAGCCCUACUACAACGGUCGCACCAGAGACGAGCUCAGCUGUUAUAAAUAUAACGCUGCCGGAAGGAUGCACUACUUCUCUAGAAUGUCUUCAGCAUCUUCUUGAGCAUAUCGAAAACAUUACGGCGGAAGAGCUUCCUGCGACUACUGUGAUGAAAAUUUUUACGGCGGUCCUCAAUUCUGUGGAGAGGAUUGUAGAGUCUUCAUCAGCAAGCACAACUGAAUUAGCCUCCUAUGGAAACAGUUUGUUAAAAGCCAGCGAGAAACUCAUCUCUACAUUAGUGAAGCCCACAGACACAAGCGACAGUGUCAGUUUUACUCUUCCUGCUGUAGAGGUAGAAGUCUUCAUGGUCGGACCAAAUGUCACCUUAGAUAAAAUACCUCAACUUGAAACAAGAAAUGCUUCUGUGGACAUCGAUCUUAUUGGGAUCGCCAAGAACAACAAUGAAACAAGAUCAGCUGCUGUGGCUUUCAUGAGCUACACUAUGAUGGAGAAUCUUCUGAAGCCAGACUUCUUCAACACAUCAAAUGACACGAUUAAAACCAUGCUGUCUACUGUGAUCUCAGCUACUCUUCCUAGAACCACCAACACUAAACUCACCAAACCAGUCAACUUCACCCUAAAACACAUCAGAGAGUUUGAUCCCAGUGGUUCUCUGUCCUGUGUGUACUGGAAUAUCAGCGAGUGGAUUGUAGAUGGUUGUUCUGUUUUAGAGACCAACAGCAGCUUCACUGUGUGUUCCUGUGUUCAUCUCUCCACAUUCGCCCUCAUCAUGCAAACCAGCCGUCCACCAGAGAGAGACUCACUGAUGGAGCUGUUGAAUAUGGUGUGUGUGAUCGUGGGGCUGGUGUUCUUCAGUCUGGCUCUGUUGACCUUUGCCCUUUGUCAGUGGAGUCCUGGAGUGAAUAAUGUGGCUCGGAUCAACAUCUGCAUCAGUCUUCUGCUGGCUCACCUUCUGCUUCUGCUCACACAGCAGUUCCUGAAGCUCAUACGACCUCAUCAGGAGUUGUGUGCCGUGAUCGCAGGCCUUCUGCACUUCCUCUUUCUCUCCGCCUUUGUGUGGAUGUUCAUUGAAGCCGUGCUGCUCUUCAUCUGUGUGAAGAACCUAUCACAGAUCAGCUCCAAAAAGAAGGAGGUGCUUAGCAGUGGAUUCCUGUGUGUGAUUGGAUAUGUGGUUUCUCUGGUUGUGGUGUGUGUGUCUGUCGGUCUGGUUCCUGAUGGAUACGGCAGUGAACACUGCUGGAUUAAGAUGGAUGAAGGCUUCAUCUGGAGUUUUCUGGGACCUGUUUGCAUCAUUCUAGCUUUGAACAUAAUUCUCUUUAUCUGCAUCAUCAUCAAUCUGUACUCGUCUCUGACAAAACUGAACGCUGAUGUUUCACAGUUGAAAAAUAACAAGAUUAUGGUGUUUAAAACUCUGGCUCAGUUUGUGGUUCUUGGUUGCUCCUGGAUUCUGGGUUUCUUCACUGAAGAGAGUAAGGAGCUGGAGAUCCUCUUCGUGAUCUUGAACUCUCAGCAGGGAACCUUCAUCUUCCUGAUCUACUGUGUCCUCAAUCACGAGGUCAGACAGCAGUACAGGAAGUUCUUCAGAUGUCUUUGCUGUGCCAAACAACCCUGAGGACUACGACGUCACGUUCAGAAAAUGAGUCCCAUUAGUAUAAAAUUAAUUCUAUCAUUAAGUUGUUUUAUUAGUCUCAGCAAAGAAUUUCACUACUUCCGUUUACUCUGAUAUAAACCUAUAAAAUAAUUCGAAGGGGCUGAAAUAAUUUCAUAGUACAUAGGAAUAUAAUAUGUUUUAUCACAAAAGCAUAUUUGUAAAUUUUUAUAUUUUCUGUUAAGCAAGCCAUUUAUAUGAAUAAUAAUGGUUACCCGUUACGCAGUAUCACCGGUUCAGCUACUGCCAUUAUACAAAAUAUUUAAGACAAGAAAAAAAAAAUUACAGAACGGAGAGGAAAAAAUAAUAGGUGCCCCACAUACUGUUUAAUAUCAACAAUGUGAUGCAACAUAAAUUAAAUUUCAGAGACAAAAGUUAGAACAAUUCAUAACAUCAUUUGAGAAAAACCGAGAGUUCAAUAUCAUUUAGAUAUAUAUAUAAAAAGAAAAUUUCCUGUAAAUUUGCUGUCUAGGUCAUUUUUUGCAUGUGCUGAUUCACAUACUUAGACGAGGGGUGAUCCAAGCAGGGAUCUCUUCGGGCAACUACUACAUUGUGAAUGACUUCUCACGAUGUUACCAAACGUCUCCA